AUGAUAACAGAUGUAAAAAAUUCAAAUGUUAGUCGACAAGAAUUUAUUGAUUUACUUUGUCGAAUAACUAAAACAGAUGAAGAUAUGACAACGAAUACUAAUAAUAAUGGUAAUAAUAAUCAAAAUGAACCAGAAAUAACAAUUAUUGAUGAUACAUCAACAGUUGAAGAAGGUGAAAUAAUUACACUUGAUGAUGAUGCUAUUAUUAAUAAAAAAGAAAUUGAAGAUGGUGAAAUAACAGAAUCACAAGGAUCAGAUAAUGAUGAUGUUGAAGAACUUAAUCUACGUCUAAAUGCUUUACGAUCAUUAGCUGGUGCAAAAAAACAAAAAACUAAAAAAUUUAAAUCAAAACGAAAACGUUCGAAUGAUAAUAAUCGUUAUAUAAAAGAUGAUAUUGAUCUUCGUUCACCUAAUAAAGCUCGUUCAUCAUCACGAUAUACAAAUCAAACAUCAUAUAAUAAUGAUGAUCGAGAAUAUUUACUUGAUAAAGAUUAUCGACAUCCAAGUGUUUUUGAUAUGCUUCUUUCUCUUAUCUCACCUGACAAUAAUAAUAAUAAUUCUACAACUACUACAAAUAUCAAUAAUAAAAAACUUGUUGAUAAUUAUGAUAUUCAACAAAUGGAUAUUGUUGAUGAUCAUCCUAUAUCUGUAAUACAACCACCGUUACCUCCACUUCCACCACCACCACCACCAUUACCACCAAAUCAUUUACCAUUUUUUGAUCCAUUACCACCACUCCCACCUCCGCCACCAUCUUUAUUUGAUAUAUUUACGGCUAAUCAAACGUUUUCAUCAACAAAUUGGCCACGACCAAAUUUCGUUCAACAAACAUCAAUACCAACAAUUCAAAAUGAAUUAUGGCAAACAUCAUUUAAUCAUACAACUGAUGUUGAUCUUCGUCGUCAACCAAUAAAUAAUAAUCAACAUCAUCAUCAUCAUCAUCAUUCAAUAAAUCAAAUCAAUGAACAAUUAUUACAUAAAAAAUCACAACAACAACAACAACAACGACGAAAACGUUCAAAAAAAUUGCCAAAAAAACAUCAUCAUGAACGUGGAUCUUCAUCACCUAUUGUUAUUAUAAAUACAACAAAUCAAUAUGAAAAAAUACAAGAAAAAUCUCCAUUAUUAAUUGAAAAUCAUAAUAAUAAAGAUAAUGAGGAUGAUGAAGAAGAACGUUUAUUACGUGAAGAACUUUUACGUACAUUAUCAAAUAAACGUAAAGUUAAAAUAAUUGAAAAAACAAUUUUAGAACCAGAACGUAUUGUUACAAUAGUACCAUCAAAUUCUCUAUCAACAAUUAUACAAACAAAUUUAAAUUCAACACCUAUUGUUGUUAAUAAACCAAUUGAAAAAUCACAAUAUAGUAUUAAUCAACGAUAUAAACGUGUUAAAGCUAAUGUAUCAUCAACAAAUUUAGCAAAUAAAGUUGAAACACCAACACCAACAACUGUUGUUCGUGCUACACAACCAAUUAUUCAAACACGUAAUAAAAUUGUUCGUGUACCUGAAACUGAUAUUGAAAUUCCACAAUCAAAUCAAAUUAUAAUUACAUUUGAUGAUCAAACAACAGAUGAUGAUGAGCAACAACAACAACAACAAAUAGUUAAAAAAUCAAAUGAAUCAACAUAUGUAAUUGCUGAUGAAGAACGUCAAGCUAUUAAACGUUUACAACAACUUCAAGAAGAAUUUAUUCGACGAACUAAUACUAUUGAAUCAACAACUAAAAUAAUGUUGCAAAAAACUCAAACACCACCACCACCACCACCAUCGAAUGAUAUUAUUCAAGAAGCAAUACCAUCAACUGAUGAAUUAAGUGCUUUAUUAGAUAAACGUCGAAUGUUACUUAGCGAACGAUCUAAAUAUGGUGAAAUUCAAGAAAAAAUGAAAAAGAAAAAAUUAGAAAAUGGACUUUUAGCACGUGAUAUUGAAAGACUUGAAGAACAAUUAUUAACAAAAAAAACUCAAAUUACAAAUAACAAUGCACUUUUACAUUAUUGGCAAAAAGAAGCAAUGUCGAUUGCACAAAAUAUUAAACAACAAGAAGAUUUAAUUCUUCAAUCUGCUGUUUUUAAAUCCGUUAAACCAAUUUCCUCACCUAUCCCUAAAUCACGAGCAACGAUUGAAUUCGAUUAUGCUAAUAUUCUGAAAGUAUUCGAAGAAAACAGUACUCAAAUGCUUUUAUCAAUACUCAUUUGUCCAUUAAAUUUUUAUCGAAAAUUACGUCCAUAUCAUAUUUGGUUAAAUACCAUAUCGAAAAAAAUUCAACAGUUAUCAAAUGAAGAUAAUUCAUGUUUAUUAUUUCGAACACGUUCAUUUUCUACUCAAAAUAGUGAACAGUAUUGGAAAACAUGUUUACAAUCUUAUUUUAUUGAUAUUAAUCAUGUUCUUUGUCCAUAUGAACUUCAAGGUUCAUGUAAAGCUCAAAAUUGUAUUUAG